GGACUUCCAGAAACCAGUAACAUCUCUGGUCUGAGCCCCCUUCUGGAGGAUCUGGUUGUGCCUAGUUGAGGCCACCAUUUUAGUCCCUCCAAGGAACAGCAGAAAGGGGGAGUGACAAAAAUUUAUGUUUUCAUCCAGCCGGGCCAAAGAGAAUGGGGGCCCCACACCCAAAAGAAUGAAGACUCGACAGAACAAAGACUCAGUACGUGACAGGAGAGGAGGAGGUGGGAAACCCAGAACUGGAAGAGGAGGAGAGAUGUGGGUCAGGACUGAGAUGUCAAUGCGGAGUGGACGGAAGAAGGAGACUCCUGGGCCCCGAGAAGAGCUGAGGUCACGGGGUCGAGCCUCCCCGGGUGGCAUCAGCACCUCCAGCAGUGAUGGCAAAGCUGAGAAAUCCCGGCAAGCAAACAAGGUAGGAAAAAAGGGUCGAGUGGAGGACUCCUGCACACCCAAGGGUAGCAAGCAAGGCCGGACAGAGGAGAUUUCAGAGAGUGAAGGGGAGGACAGUAGUGCCCCCAAGAAAACCAAAACUGAGGAGCUGCCAUGUCCUCAGUCUCCCUCAGAUGUUGACAGCCUUGAUGGCCACAGCUUCAAUGACGAGAUGAGCAGCGACCCCCGGGACAUUGACCAGGAUAACCGCAGCACCUCACCCAGUGUCUACAGCCCUGGCAGUGUGGAGAAUGACUCAGAUUCCUCCUCUGUGCUGUCCCAGGGGCCAUCCCAUGCCUACCACCACCCCCCACUCUUCCCCCAGAGCCCCCCAGCUGCCCCUCCUACUGACAGUCUAGGCCGUCCAUCUGAGCCAGGCUUUGGCCUAGCAGGUGAGGUCCACCCUCAGCCCCCUGGAGGGAGUUACCACUCUCAACUUGAGACGCAGACUUCCAGGAUUUUCCAGGCCCAGGCACCACAGCCUGCUUCUUCUUCUUCCUCCUCCUCUUCUUCCUCUUCCUCUGCCCAUGCUCCUCUUUAUCCUACUGCCAAUGUGGUCCAGGUUGGGGCCAAAGGCACCAAUGGAGUGGGAGGCAUUCCAGCACCAGGAGCACGUGAACAGAACCUUGGUGCCAAGCACAACCCCCCGCCCACUACACCCAUCUCCCUGGCUGCCAUGGGAGCGGGGCUGCCUCCUCAGAAAACACCUCCAGCCAACCCCCCAGCUGCACCCCCAGUCUCUGCCCCUUCCUUCCCCCAUGUCUCAGCCAACCUGCCUCCCCCACCAGCCCUGCGCCCACUGAAUAACGUGGCCGCUGCCUCCAACUCUCCAGGGAUGGUGGGGCAGGCUCUGAGUGGGCACCUCCCAUCACCCCAUGGCAUGGGGCAAGACAAGGCACCAGCCUUGGCCCCUUCACGUUAUCCUUAUGCUCCCCCACCCCCGUCCAGCUCCUCUGCUCAAUAUCUCCCACCUUCCCCUGCCCAGACCCUGCCUAAUUACAGUGCUUCCUAUGCCCACUCCUUCCCCCUCCCCAGUGCUCUCUCUGUCUCCAGCCAGCCUCCCAAGUACACCCAGCCCUCUCUGCCCUCCCAGCCUGUGUGGAGCCAGGGUCCACCACCGUACAGCCGCCCACUGGGCAACACCAGCUCCCAUCCUCCUGCCUCCUUUCCUGGCCAGGCCUCCCACCACCAGCAGUCAUCACAGCAACACCACCAUGGCCCUGGCAGUGGAGGGGGUGUUUCUCCAGCCACAGCAGCUCCUCCUCAGCCAACAGGAGGUUACCCCCACCCCAUGGAGUCAGGCACUCAUCACCCUUCACAUGCUGCCUAUGGGCUGCGCCUCUACCCACCCCACAGCCAGGCCACAUAUAGUCAGGCUCCUUCAGCUGCUGCUGCCUCCUCCUCCACCCCUACCCCCUCGUCUGCCUCCUCCUCUGCCUCUGCCGCCUCCUCCUCCUCUUCCUCUUCCUCUUCCUCCUCCUCCUCUUCCUCUUCCCAGGGUACAUACCAAGGGGUCUGUGCCCACCCACAGGGCCAGAGUCCUGCCACCUACACCUUCCCCCCACCACCCCCACCUUCUCCCGCACAUGGGGCUGGACCCCCAGUCACUUCUGCGUCUGCCACUCUCUCCACUGUCAUAGCCACCAUGGCCUCCUCUUCCUCAGCCCCCUAUAAAACAGUAUCACCCCCCAUACCGCCACCUGCCGUGGCUCCCUAUGGGAAGCGGGCAGCCUCACCUGUCCCUACAUUCCAGCCCCCACCUGCCUACAAGCCAGGCUCGCCCCCUUCAUCCUCUGCUUCAUCAUUCCAUGUGGCCACUCCGCCUGGGUACAGGGUGACCUCUUCUCCCGCAACUAGCAACUACAAGACUCCCUCCCCCACCCCCAGUGCUCCCCCACUGCCUGGAGGCAUCGGAGUCCCUGCUGCCCCGCUGCCACCACUGCCACUGAGCACUGCACAGAUUAAGCAAGAGCCAUCGGAGGAGUAUGAGCCCCCAGAGAGCCCAGUGCCGCCCACACGGAGUCCCUCACCAGCCCCCAAAGUGGUGGACAUACCAAGUCAUGCCAGCCAGUCAGCCAGGUUUAACAAGCACCUAGACCGUGGCUUCAACUCUUGCUCUCGCACAGACCUGUAUUUUGUGCCCCUGGAUGGCUCCAAGCUGGCCAAGAAACGAGCAGACCUAGUGGAGAAGGUCCGCAGGGAGGCAGAGCAGAAGGCCCGGGAAGAGAAGGAACGGGAGAGGGAACGUGAAAGGGAGAAGGAGAGAGAGCGAGAGAAGGAGAGAGAGCUGGAGCGAAGUGUGAAGAUGGCACAGGAGGGGCGUCCAGUGGAAUGUUCGUCUCUGGGGCCCGUUCCUCACCGUCCAUCCUUUGAGCAGGGCAGUGCUGUGGCUACUGUUCCACCAUACCUGGGUCCUGACACUCCAGCUUUGCGCACCCUAAGUGAAUAUGCCCGGCCCCAUGUCAUGUCCCCCAGCAACCGCAAUCACCCCUUCUAUGUGCCGCUGGGUGCAGUUGACCCAGGCCUACUGGGCUAUAAUGUGCCAGCUAUCUACAGCAGUGACCCAGCCACACGGGAGCGGGAGCUGCGGGAACGAGAAGCCCGUGAGCGAGACCUGAGGGAUCGAGACCUGCGUGAGCGCCUCAAGCCUGGGUUCGAAGUCAAGCCAGCUGAGCUGGAUCAGCUCCAUGCUGUUCCUGCUGCUGCCAUGGAUCCCUUCCCACGCCAUGGGGGGCUGGCUCUCCAGGCAGCCCCUGGCCUGCAUCCCACUUUUCCCUUCCACCCAGGGCUGGGUCACCUGGAGCGGGAACGGCUGGCACUAGCAGCUGGCCCAACCCUGCGUCCUGACAUGUCAUAUGCUGAGCGACUGGCAGCUGAAAGGCAGCAUGCGGAGCGGGUUGCUGCUCUGAGCAACGACCCUCUGGCCCGGCUGCAGAUGCUCAAUGUGACACCCCAUCAUCACCAACACUCGCACAUCCACUCCCACCUCCAUCUGCACCAGCAGGAUGCCAUCCAUGCAGCCUCAGCUUCUGUUCACCCCCUUAUUGACCCACUGGCAUCAGGGUCACAUCUCACUCGGAUACCGUACCCAGCUGGUACCAUCCCCAACCCACUUCUUCCUCACCCCCUCCAUGAGAAUGAAGUGCUGCGCCAUCAGCUUUUUGCUGCCCCCUACAGGGACCUGCCAGGAUCUCUCUCUGCUCCCAUGUCAGCAGCUCAUCAACUCCAGGCCAUGCACGCACAGUCGGCAGAGCUGCAGCGUUUGGCUUUGGAGCAGCAGCAGUGGCUCCAUGCCCAUCACCCUUUGCAUGGAGUGCCGCUUCCUACACAGGAGGAUUAUUACAGUCACCUGAAGAAAGAAAGUGACAAACCCCUUUAAAUGAAACCCAACCCUUGCAAUGACAUCAUCACAUCUCCCUCUCCAGAGAGAAACAAUCAAUCAACCAAAUCUUGGGAGAGGGGAAGCUGCAGAGUGAUGAAUCCUGGGCCUGUUCAGCACAGUGAAAGAGAAGGAAGGAUGGAAAGAACAAGAUGACCAUCCUGGGAGCAGAGAGGAGGGGAGAGAAGUGGGGAGGGAGUGAGAUGCCUAAAAAAUGUUUGGAACCAUGGCAUGACUUCAAGAGGGGCACUGAGAAAGACAAAGUUAAUGUGACAAAGAGCUUGAAGUACAAGGAAUUGUGGGGAUUCAAAAUGGCUGCUGUUCCAGAAUCUCUUUUGAGAGAGUGGUUGUACCUAAUAAAAAAAACAAAAGUA